AUGCGUCAACAUCUCACACGAAAGAAUAUCGCUUUUGCUGUGAUGGGUUUUCUCAUCCUCAUUACUCUAUUCCAAUUCUUUAUUGGCAAACAUAUUGGAAAUACGAAACAUGACAUGAGUAUGAAAAUUCAACAUGUUGCCACAAUUCCCGAUCAAAACAUACAAAAUGAAGUGGUAGUACCACUCAAACAACCAGAAGAUGUGGAGGUAGCAGCAGAUCAUGUGGAAAAGGAGGCAGAAAUAGAAACAAAACCAACAACAGUCGGAGUGGUGGAAAAGAAGGAGGAACAGAAAGUGCAGAAGGUGGUGGAAAAGAAGACGGGACAGAAGAAGGAGGAAAGGAAUAGUUUACUUUCGUCAACCAAAACAACAGCUUCAACCAAUGUUGCCUCCACAUCAUCACAGAAAAAGAAAAAGAAUUCUAAACUGAAAAAACAAAAGAAGGAAAAUACUAAACCUGUAGAAGAAACAAGAAAAUCUACAAAACUUCCACCAGUCUACUUUUUAUUUAUCUGCACUCUCGAUAAGGAACAAUGUGAAAAACCAAAACAACAAAGUUGGAAAGAUUCACUCAUCAAGUCUUACAAUCAAAUCUCUUCAACUGCAAAGGAUAAUGUUGAAUCAAUUAAUUUUGUGAUUUUUGGUGGUGAUUCUAAUAUUCCAUCACUUUUUACACGUGUGGAAACUUCACAAAAGGGCAUAGUUCAAAGUGUGAGUGAUUUUAUUGCCAAUUCUAUCAAGGACGAUAAUGCAAUGAUUAUUUUCAUAACUGAUUUGUCCAUUCCAGUUUCACAUUCCUUCACUGAUACGUACUACAUGUUGCAAGAUUCAAUUCUUGUUGGAAGUAUUGUAAUUAAUGAAAAGAGCGGAAAGAUUCUGAACUCGGGUUGGGAUUUGAAAUUGAGAAGUUGUAAGGGACAAACUACUCAUUCAAUUGCCUUUACUCCUCACAUGUAUGGCAAAGAGCUUUCUGCAUUAUUGGAAUCCAAUGAUAGUGAUGAGGAAGAAAUGGUUGUUUUCAUUCCUUCCUUUAAUGGAGCAUCGAUUCUCAAGCAAACUUGGAAAUAUUUUGGUGGAUUCCAAAUGGACUACCGAAAGGAUUAUAUCUUUGAUUUCUUGUUAAGAAUUCAAGAACACAAUCAAGUAGCUCCAAUUAUUCCUGAAAAUAUCGUGAAAUCAUAUGGAAGUGAAAAUUAUGAAGAAUAUAUCAUUUCAGAUACUGAACCAUGUAGUUUGGAUGAGAAAAUUUCCUUCAGAAAUGCAGAAUCUGAAAUCUCCAAACAAUACUAUGAAAGUACCAUGAACUCAUUCUUUAACAGAUUGGAAGUUAAGAAUAUUAAUCUAAUCUAUACCAUUCCAGCUGAUUUACCAUCACAAUCACUUCAACAAAUUUCAAAUGCAAUCAAUAUUGAGGGUAAAAUUAUUCUCAAACUCAACACAACUCUGAGCGGAAUUCACGUGAGUGAGAGUGAUAGAAUUGCAUUCAAUAGAAUGAAGAAUAUUGUUCACUCUGAUGCGAACAUUCCUCUCGUUAAUAUUGUUCCAUUUGAUCCUAAUUGGAAUUGUCCUAGAAAACAAUACUGCAUUGGACUGUUUAUGAGUGAUAUUAAACAGAUUAAACAAGAAGAUGUCAACAAGAUGAAGCAACAAUAUGAUGAAAUAUGGGUCUCUGAGCAACGACAUGCCAAGUUAUUGAAACGAAUGGGGAUUAAGAAGAGCAAAACUCAAUUCAUUCCAAAUGGAGUUGAUACUUUGGCAUUCAAACAGGAUGAAAACAAGAAUGCUCCAACCAAUUACUUGUCCGUGUUUUCAGAUUGGGAAAAGGAAAGAAACCAAAUCAAAUUAUUGGUAGAAUCAUUUGCCACAAGUUUUGAUCAAGUAUCCAAUGUCAAGUUGACCAUUUUUAUUCAAGAUUUUACAUCUGCUUCCAAUGAUAAGACCUCUCAGGAAAUUAUCAAGCAAUUGGGAAUUGAAACUGUCUUUACCAAACCACCAUCAAUUGAAAUAUUACCUUUAGAUGCAAGAAAAGUAGAGCUUCCAUCAUUCUAUCGUGAUUAUCAUGUAUUACUUAUAUUAACUGAAAAUCAAAGUGCAAGACUCGUCAUGCAAGCCAUGUCAUCAGGCCUCUUAAUUGUUUCUCCAGGAGGAGAAUUAUUCGAAUUCCUCAAUAAGGAUAAUAGCUUAAUUAUCAAGCAAGCCAAAUCAGUGGAAUCAUGGAUUGAAACACUCAAAUAUAUUCAUUCAGAGGGUAAUCUUUCACUCAUACAUGAAUUAUGUAAAGUAGCUCGUCUCGACAUGGUCGAAUAUUAUGAUAAUACUGUAAUUGCCAAGGAUAUUUUAUCUAGAUUAGGAGAUAUUGAGGAAUUUAUGAAUGCUCAUUAAUUUAUGUUUUACACUCUAUAUUUUGUAUUAUUAAGAUCAAUGAUAAUCGAGUUGAUUAAAAUUCGAAAGAAGAAAUUUUAUUAAGAAAUUAUAAAAAUUAAUUGGCGCC